AUGCCACCUACUCGCUGGUUUGUACAAGAGGUUGGGUUAAAUGACCCAAUGAGAUUUGAAGUGACUUUCGGCCCCGUCUUAAAGAACUACCAUUCGUGCCACGCUGUACACAACCAGGAGCGAGAUGGCUCGGUGGUUAGAGCGAAUUUACUGACCGGAGGGUCAUUGUGGGUUGUGGCCUUGUCAUGCCAGAUAGGGGCGAGAUGGCCCAAGUGGUUAGAGCGCGAGUUUACUGACCGGAAGGUCCGUGGUUCGAAACCGACCUCCGCCUCUCGACUUCCCGGUCUAGGCUUGGGCAGCAUGGCAGUAUCCCAGCCCUCGUGCUUCAUUCGGGUGGCGUGGCAGUUAGACACCGUAAGGGUGCUACAGCUGAACCUUCUUCUUCCCGUCAAACAGCUUGAGUACAGCAAA